UGGUUGUGUUUGUUUCACAAUCAUUCACCAACUAACCAUACUUUACUUCCACAUUAACAUCACAUUUAAUCCCAAAAGCAAAUUGCUCCCCCUCUUUUCAUUAAUCUUCAAGGUCUUCAUUGAAAAGUAAUAUCUCUUUGUUCCUCAUUUAAUCAAAAUUGCAGUCAAGUGUUUGCAGCUGUGAAUUUUCAGUUUCUACAAGGUUCUGUAUAGGUAUCAGGCUGAUCUUGAUGAUUAAUUCCAAGUAAAGUGCUGAAUGCAAUCACGUUGACACGUGAAAUUUUGGUCUCGAUCACCACUGGGAGUAUUUAUGAGAUUUGAUGAUGUUGGCUGUACCAGUUUAAAAUAUGGCUUCUUUAAGUAGUGAUCUAAACUAUGAUAUAUUGAGGCGUCUGGAUGGUCCAAGCUUGGCUAGCGCUGCUUGUGCUUGUGUUGCGUUCUCUUCUAUAUCAAAAGAAGAGAGGUUAUGGGAAGAUGUAUGUUCUUCUACAUGGCCAUCAACCAACCAGGAAGAUGUUAAACGAUUAAUAACAUUAAUUGGUGGAUUCAAAAAGUUCUAUGCAGAUUGUUUUCCACUAAUUGUUAACAAAGAAGUUCCUGAGUUUAGAUGGAAUGACUAUGUUGAGUAUGUGGAAGAAUGGACUGAGGCUGAAUGUUAUGAUGACAUGUAUGAAUUGGAAGAUCUGUCACCAACUGAUUUUGUCUCCAUCGUAGAUGUAAGAUUUAAGAAUAAGACAAUAUACUCAAAAGUCCUCUGGGGCAUCCCAAAUGCUAAUGGCCAUCAUGGUUGGUUUUCUGAAUGUCCUUUUCGGGUUGAUCUUUUGACCCAUUCAGCUAGAGAGGAGGACCAUGCAGGUGAAGUUACUCUUUCUGAAUCUGAUGGUUUGCCGCCAGUUGCGUCCAUAGAAAGAGAGAGGAAAGAUGGGAAGCUCUGGCAGGAACUCCGCAAUGAAGUCCAGCUGAGUUGGAUCGUUGUGAAUAAGAAAAUAAAGCAGGCUGCCAACUUAUCGAGCUGGAUUCCUCUUGGAGGGCAGAGGCAUUGGCCAACAGACAAGGAUUUUUUGAUACGCUUUGGAUCUGUUCUUACUGCCAAAGAGAUUCUUCCAUGUCAAGCAGUAGAAUGCAUUCUUACGAUGAAAUUUAGGAUGAUUUGUAGUGACGGAGUCACCAGUGUUCAGACAGCCCUGAAAUUAACGGAAUUGAGCAUGCAGCUGGGAGAUAUGGAAGGUGCUCAUGUUAAUGGAAGAAACAGUUUACUCGUUCUUAAAGAAUCUCUUAGCUGCCGUAGGAGCAAAAAUUAUAGUGAAGCUCUAGAGUCAUGCCACUUGUACUCGAAAGUGCAGAGUGAACUAAUGGAGGAGAAGAUGAGAAACGAAAGCAGGUUAGAGAGGUUGUAUAUACUAAGUGGCAUUGCUGCAUUCAUCACUUUUUGUUAUUAUGUAUUGUGAUAUGGGCACAGCCUUAUACUGAACAAUGUUUCUGCGCUCUUGAAUUCUAACAUAACAAGCCAGUUUUGAUCAAAUAACACGAAGUUGAUAGA